AACCAGGCUCAAAACCUUCUCACAUCUAUUAUUAACAGCACGAGAGGAAGCCGACCUCCUGUGUCAGUGAUGGAGGAACCAGUGGAAAACAUUCACAACAUCACAACAGGCCCGUCAUUUUCUUGGCAAAGGCAAGGUCCCUCUGGCAACUCCAAUCUGCCAUGGGAAGGGCAGGCCAGUGGUCCAGGUUUUGCGCCUCCCUCGAUGCCUGGACCCUCAUCCAGCAAUGGAUACCAGCCUGCAUCCCAAGGUCUGCAGUUUCCCUUGCCAGUGCAAAAACCAGCUGCUUGUCAAAUCUGCGCCCAGGAAAAGGCAGAUAAAAUGUUGAGGGACUGCGGCCACUUUGUCUGCGAGUCCUGCAUGCUGCCUUGGCUGCGUAGGAGGAAAGUGUGUCCCAGUCCACUGUGCAAACAGUACUGUGACGAAAGUCAUUUGUUAACUCCCAAAUAUGCCCGUUAACUGAACAAUGUUAUUUUGUUUUGUUGUUCUGUUUUUAGUCCUCU